AUUGGAUGGGAAUUGAGGAUUAAUUCUGAUUAAAUCUUCAAUUUUAUGGAGGGGUUCCUAACACUCAAUGAUUUGCUCAGUUCCAUGGGGUUGACAGUUGAAAUACAUUUUAUCCAAAAAUCUGUCAACCUUUUCGUUAGCGGAAACUUGACUUGAAAAUUCAAACUGCCGUCCUUCCAUCCACGACAUUGUGUGUGCGGAUCACAAAGCAGCGAUCGCUUCCGCUUUCGGGGAAGCUUAUUUUAAAAAGAAUAACAGUUUGAGCGCGUCUGGUUUGUCAAAUCAAAUCAAAUAUCAUGUCUAUGGGCUGCGACACCACCUGGGUUGGUAAAAAGCCCAUCAGACGCAUCGGUGGCAUGGCCGAUGCUCUCUCCAUCGCUGCCGAUCUCGGAUUUUCAGUCGCACCUCCUCCUUCUCAGGAAGAACUUCAGAACUUAUCCACUGCUAGUGGCGAAAAGGGUGAUGACUUAAUUAGAGUUUUGAGGGAACUAACUGCAGUACAAAGAAAAAUAGCUGAUCUACAAGUAGAACUUCAGGGUCGCAAGGAUGAUAAAAACGUGGCGCAUUUGACACAUGUUAGUGAAAUGGAAAAGAAGAUUGACACAUUGUCAAGGAUUACUACCAUACUCAAGGAUGUCAUUCAGAAUAAGGAUCGAAUUAUAGCUCGUCUUCAACAACCAUAUUCACUGGAUUGCAUACCAGUAGAAGCAGAAUAUCAGAAACAAUUUUCAGAAUUGCUGAUGAAGGCCGCCAGUGAUUAUGGUGCUUUGACAGCUUCAGCUGCAGAUUUCCAAUGGAGUCAGAACUUUAAGGAAUCUCCUUCAGUGUGGGGGGAAAUGUUACGUCCUAUUCCUGUUGCUUUAGCGUCCUGUACCAGAUUCUUUGAAGCCAUGUCUGCCAUGAGAGAAUCAUUUGCUACCCUUCAAGAUUUGAGAGUUGGCCAUUUAGGUAAAGAUUCUUCACAGAGAGCCUUUGGGGAUUCUGACUUUGCGACUCCUCCCUGGAGAAAUGAAUCAAGCUUUGAUGAUUUGGCAAUCAAAACUGCAAGGAGACAAGAGAUUGAGCGGCAAGAAGCAGAUGAUGGAAGUACUGAAGUGGGAGAUGUUCAUCAAGUCGAUGACAUGAGCCAUAGAAGAUUAUCUUGGCCUCCAUCAGUUAAGCACAAUGGUAUUUAAUCAAAUGCAAUUUGUCGUGCGUAGAUUGUAUUCUACACAGAACAUUUUCAUUUCAAGUAAAUUGUCCAUGAUAUCCUGCGUUGGAAGUAUUAUAUACCAUGAAAACACCAAUAAGAUUUGCUAUUUUGGCU